AUUGUAUCGCUUUAUAUGGUGGAAGGCAUCGCGGGGGGAGUCCCAGGCCGGCGCAGGGCUUGACUGUAGCGUGAGCCAGCGGCGAAGCAGCCAGGCAGGCGAGUGGCCGGUGCCCGGAGAGGGGCCCGGGCCGGAUCAGCCGGCGCGGGGGCCCCAUGGCAGCAGCAGCACCGGCCUGACCUGUCGCGCUGGUCCCGCACCCACUUCGGCACCAUGCUUCCCAGCCAGGCAGGGGCCGGGAACGGCGCUGCUGCCCUGCCUCGGAGCUCGGUGAUGGGCAUGGCGCGGACAUCCGCCGGACGGCCCGGCCCCGGGAUUCCUCGUGGAGCCAACGGCGGCGGCGGUACAGGGAUUCGGGGCCCCGGCAACGGGACAGGCCCGCCUAGUGGGCAGGGGCCGGUCGGGGGUCGUUUCGAGCGGGACCGGGACCCGGGUGUGGCAGCGGUGGUGGGCAGCGGCAGCGAAGGCGAUUCCGAUUCGGGCGAAGAGGAGGAGCUGGUCGGCGACCGGCGUGGCGUGAAGCGGACCUUGGGCGACAUGGAACUGGGGGUGGUGGUGGGGGCGGAGGCGGCGGCCGCGGGCGCGGUGGGCGGCUACGGCGGGGUGAGCGGGGCCGUCAGUGGGGCCAAGCCCGGCAAGAAGACCCGCGGCCGCGUCAAGAUCAAGAUGGAAUUUAUCGACAACAAACUACGGCGCUACACCACGUUUAGCAAGAGGAAGACGGGCAUCAUGAAGAAGGCCUAUGAACUUUCUACCCUAACGGGCACUCAAGUGUUGCUGCUGGUGGCCAGUGAAACAGGCCACGUCUAUACAUUUGCCACACGGAAGCUGCAACCCAUGAUCACCAGUGAGACAGGGAAAGCGCUGAUCCAGACAUGCUUGAACUCUCCAGACUCUCCUCCCCGGUCAGACCCAACCACUGACCAACGCAUGAGUGCCACGGGCUUUGAGGAGACAGACCUCACUUAUCAGGUGUCUGAAUCGGACAGCAGCGGAGAAACAAAGGACACAUUGAAGCCUGCUUUCACAGUCACCAACCUACCAGGGACAACGUCAACCAUCCAGGCAGCACCCACCACCUCCACCUCCAUGCAGAUCAGCAGUGGCCCCUCGUUCCCCAUCACCAACUACCUAGCACCAGUGUCUGCCAGUGUCAGCCCCAACACGGUCACCAGUGCCAAUGGGACAGUGCUGAAAGCCACUGGAACCAGCGCAGUAGCUUCUGGAGGGCUAAUGCAGAUACCCACCGGCUUUACGCUCAUGUCAGGUAGUACGGUGGCUCAGCAGGUUCCCGUGCAAACCAUCCAGCUGCAUCAGGCUCCCCAGCAGACGUCUCCUACAACUGACAGCAGCACUGACCUCACUCAGACCUCUUCCAGCGGGACAGUGACCCUGCCAGCAACUAUCAUGACUUCAUCGGUGCCAACCACAGUGGGAGGACAUAUGAUGUAUCCCCCUCACACAGUGAUGUAUACACCUACAUCAGGCCUCACAGAUGCUGGACUUGCGGUUCUCAAUGCUUUCUCUCAGGGGCCAUCAGCAAUGCAGGUUUCACAUGGACAGGUCCAGGAGCAGGGUGGAGUCCCUCAGGUGUUUUUGACAGCGCCUUCCGGGACGGUUCAGAUCCCAGUCUCAGCUGUCCAGCUUCAUCAGAUGGCUGUCAUCGGACAGCAGUCCGGCAGCAGCACCAACCUGACAGAGCUGCAGGUGGUCAACUUGGACACGUCACAUAGUUCCAAGAGUGACUGAAGACCUCUGAGAACCUGGGAGGGGAAGGGAGAGGAGAGUGCGCAUCUGGCACCCACACCUGCAGCCACAGCCGCCAGCCUUGUGCUGUGCAUGGCACCAGGAUCAAUUGUGUCCUGAAGCUGCACCCCUGGCACCAGGAUUUCGGUGGUCCCUAUUUUUGUACGGACUCCGUCACUUAUUUAUUGUUGCCUUUUUCACAUUUUCGUCUCUCACGAUUUUUACACACACAUGCACAGACAUAAACACACACACACACACACGUAUUAAUAUGGCUGCAAGGCCAGAAGGAGAGAAUUAAGCUUGGGCUACAAGGGGGGGUGGCUUUGUUGUGUUUCCACACUGCAUUUACUGUUGUUUUCUCCCUGUCUCCCCUCCCCCCUCCAGCCAAAGAAACUGUGUCUCACAGGUGGGAGAGUUUGCUCUGCCAUGUGCAUAAGUCUCAUUCUGUUUUCCAUGACUGGAGGGGGAGUGUCGUCUGUCACUCCCUCUCACCUCCACUAAAUGAACUUCUCUCCCUAGUGUGUUGCCACCAGGCAGAGCAACAGAAGCUGUGGGGGAGAAGAUGGAAUAGAGAAGGGCUGGAAGGCAACAUCGAAGGGAGCUUUUCCUGUCAAAGUCAGGCAUCUCUCCCGUCUUUCUAGAAACCAUGCUGGGGCAAAAAGGGCUCCCCCUUCCCCCAAAGUUCAGGGCCUCCAAGCUGGCUGCAGCAUUGUGCCUUCAAGCAAUCAGUGACUGUGUUGUGGGCUGGCCACAGUGUUGGUGACCUGCCUUUAUUUUUAGCUUGUUUCUUGCCAGAAUCCCCCACCUUGGGUUCUACCAAGGUAGUUGGACGUGGGGUGGGUGGGUGGGUGGGUGUGGGCACAGUAGGCAAAGCGUCUUCAGGAUACCUCCCUGAAGUUGGUCCACUCUCAGAAUGUUUCGCUGACAAAACAAAAACAACCUGAUAUUUGGCUGCAUAGUACACAAGCAUUCAACUUUUUGCCUGUUGAAUCUGGCAAGGUAACACAUUUCACUGCCAAAAAGGGUUUUUGUUAGCCUUGCAUCGCUCUUCAUGGAAACACAUUAGGCUGCUCUGAAACCCAGUAGCUGCAAUUGCUCCUGCCGUUUUGGUGGUGCUUGAGGAGCAUCCCACUCAGAAAUGUUUUGUGUUUUUGCUGAUGUUUUCCCCUGGGAAAGAGGAGGAAUUGAGCCACAGACCUUUUUAAUUACUUAGGGUUAUAAAGGAAGGGAGUAAGAAACAAAUAGAGAGAGCUCUAUUUUUGUAACUUUUUAAUUUGAUUAAAAGCCUUCCCACGCAGUUGUGCAUAGUACUGAGGCAUCAGUAGCCAUGGGCGCAAUACUGAAAGUUGGUCCACAACUUUUGUUCAGGCAGCCCUAAAACAUGACGGUGCGUUGUAUCAUCGUCAGCCAUGUUCAACGGGUGUCUGCCAGGAGGAGGCCCUCCGUUCUUCCUUGGAAUUGGGGGGGUAGAACAGGGCAGACUUAGCCUGGGGGCAGGUGAGGAAAAUCCUUUUCCCAUGGGGCAAAAGUGGGAAGUACAGGAGUGGUGGCAGCUACUGUUGAGUCUCUGUGUUUUUGUUUUUGGUUGGUUGGUUUUAAACUCCCUGUCACGUAGCUUCGGCUUGUGGCUGGGAUGAACAAAUGCAAAAACGGGAAAAAAGGGAAAAGCUGCAGGGCUUCUGAGUCUGCAAGGGGGAACAGGAGAUUGCUGUGUGCCUCUCAGUGGGAGUGGCGAACUCUCCCACCGGUAGAGAAGCUGUGCUGUAGGACAGAUGCUUGCACACAAUCAUGCACUUCAUUCUAACCAAGCAGGAAGCGGCAAAGGGAAGGAGUUCUUCAUCUCUUCCACAGGAGAACAAGGAGUGUCUUGCAGUGAGCAGCUUAGUGGUUUUGCGCCCCCCAAGGGCCAGCUGUGGAGCACGGAGGCUGCAGACUUUUAUGGGGAAAGGAAGCAGCUACUGUAACCUUUUUCUUUCAUUUUUUUAAAUGAAAACAAAAACAAAAAACAAAAGAAGCCUUGAAAAAAAAGACUUUAUUUUUUUAAGUGUUAAACUCAGUAUUUAUGUAAUUCUUAAAGGAAUUAAAGUCUGGCUCCUGUACAGUUUUCAUGGGGUUUGUACUGGGUGGGAUGGGAUAAAAAAAACGGGCCAUUGGCGGGAGGGAGAAGAGUAGAGGAAAAGGGGCCUUUGUAUUGUAACUUUUUGACAUUAUUUGCAUGAACAUUAGCGUUUAAACUGGUCUCCUGUCACAAGCUCCUGGAUUGGAUUUGGUGGAAAGGCUGAGCCAAUGCAGGAAGGAAGAAGUAGAUUUGCAUUUGCUGGUUUGGUUCAAGUCAGUCAUACUGGAGAAGUCAAGGCCAACCCCUUCUUGAUAUCAGCCUAUGUAUAUUUAGUAGUAAGUCUGUGGCAUCUAUGGGAGAAAGAGCCUGCUGUUGAGUUGAUGUGCUUUUUGAAUACUCGCUGUUAUGUGUCUUAUGCAAACCCCCCCCCCCCCGCUUUUAACAAAUCCCACUAUUAUCUAACAGAGUUUUUGUGCAAGGGUUUUAAUAUUAUUUGUACUCCUGCACUCUUACAAACUCUACCCAAAUUCUGUUUGCUUGCCUGCCCACCUAGCAGGUUGCAACAUCUCCAUAAGGCUGGGUACUUAAUACUAUGGUUAUUCUUUGAGCUGAACAGUCUCUCCGUUGUUUUGUUGAAGGCUUUCAUGGCCAGAAUCAACUGGCUGUUGUGACUUUUCUGGGCUGCAUGGCUAUAAUCUGCCCACAGCCCAGAAAACCCACAACAGCCAUUCUCUGCAUCCAUCAUUAAAAUGUUUUCUUCUUGAAAUACAUGGAUGCCGUAAAUCAGGGUUUUUAAAACCCUGUUUCCAGUGCUGAGCUUUAUGGUUUUUGCUGAGUGUUUGGGUUCAGAAGACUGUGACGUCUGUCAAGGGAUGAGAAUUUUACUGUACUUGUGUAUUUGAUUUGGGAGGGAGGAGAUAGGUAAAAAAUUUCCUUGUGACAGGUUGACUUUACAUUCAAUCAGUUUGCAAGCACAGGAGGAAGUGUACUCCUUGGUCAAUGUAUCCACCCAUUGUGGAGUUGAUAAGCAUGAAGGAACGAUGCAUUGUGAGUGUGCAAUCCUUUUGUUUCAAGAGGGAAUCUAAUGAAACAUUACAACAAUGCUACUUGAGACAGAGGAAUAUUAUCAAAGCACUAAUUCUCCAGUCAUGUUGCCAACCUUGAAAUCUCUGCAAAGUGCAACAUCUGUGUACUGUUCUGAAUUCCUCUGUAGGCCUACUUUGACUUCCAGUGCUGCAGAAUUUGCUCUGGGAAGUCUUCCGCCUGAAUCAGGAAGUUGCUUUCCUACAAAGAGUAUCUGCAGGAUAAACGCUAAUGUUGCAUGUAAUUUAAAGUGUUGACUUGUAAGAACACUUAUCAGGGAAGAAAUGGCAUUUAUUGUGUGGUGAUCUCUUCUUUUGUUCCAAUUUUAUGAUUGUUUUCUAGCGUUUCUAGCG